AUGGACAAAAAGGAUGAAACCGCGACGCUCAAGCCAAAGGCGACCAAUCCUCCAUCGCGGCCAGUGGCCAGGACUCCAGCUUCCCGAUUGUCUACCACGGGCAGACCGGCCGCUACCUCUACCUCUACUUCCUCCGCUACCAGGCCUGCCGUUGGAAGUUCAUUGAACAAGCCGCCGGCCAGACCGACCGCGACCAGUACGACCGCCCGAAAGACCCCUAGCACAGCCUCGACCUCGUCAAUUGUAACACACAAGAAAAGAGAAUCAGAGACGUCGGUGGACGAGAAGCCUUCUGGCGACGAGAAGAGCAAAGAUGGCAUAUCUGCAAGACCAAAGAGGAUGUCGUUGGCAGCCUCCACGACUUCUGAUCGAGGCCCUACCUCCAGGUCACUUGCUCCCACCCCUGCUCGACGCACAUCAACGCAGGCUGCAACUACAUCGGCACAACAGUCCAGCAGCAGUCCAAUUGCUGCUAGAAAGGUAGCUGCCACUCCGACCUCGACCCGCACCUCGUUGUCGACUCCGUCUACCGCACGCGCAAGACCUCUCACCUCCUCAAGAAGUGUCGGGACCGGUGCUCUUGCUGAUAAGAAGCGCCUGAGCACGAUUCCCGCCUCUCCCGCAGUCAAGGCUGGAAUAGAAGAGGCGGAAGAUAACAAGGAAAAUGCUACAUCGGCCCCAGACAACAACGCCACAAUCGGUAUCGCUCGUCCGCCAUUGGGGUCGAGGAAAUCUACGAGGUCGCUCUUGAUAGAGCAGCGGAUCAGAGAGUUUGAGCUCGUGAACAGCAUGUUGAGGGCAGCUAUGACGGCGGAUGGCGCCGAUGAACAAGAACAGCAGUCAAUGGAUGACGAGGCUGCAAGCAAAAUCGCAAAAUUGAAGUCGGACCUUGCCAAGGUUAGGGCGUUUGAACGUACUCACGGCCGAGUUCCAACGGCCGCAGAGUUGGAGGAGGUUCAAUCGGUGAUUGAAGAAACGCCCUCUGAGUCGGCGGUCGAAGUAGACAAACUUCAGCUGGAAGAGCCUGGCGCUCAACUACAGGACGAGAACAGCAGUCUGCAGGUCGCGGCUUUACAGGCCGAGCUAGCGGAACUGAAGGCCAAACUCGAAGACUUCAGCAAGACUGCGGAGGAAGAGAGCGUGCGUGUGCUAGGGGUCACCGACGCGAUGCAAAAGGAACACGCCGCCAAGAUUGAGCAACUUUCAUCGCUGCACGAGACUCAAAUCUCGGGAAUGGAGCGUGCACAUCAAGAAAAGCUGCAAGAGCUUUCUCAAGGGCACGAUACCAAAACCGAACAGCUCACUCUGGAACUGGCUCUUGCUCAGAAGGAGAUUGAUCAGUCCAAGUCGGAGCUAGAGGAACUUCGAAGUGCGGCUGCUGAACACACGUCGACGAGGGAUAGCAAUGCACAACUAGAAAAGGAGAUGGAGACCCGAAUUGCCACCCUCGAAGCCGAGUACCAAGCGCGGCUUGCCGAAAGCCAGGACAAGCUUGAGGAGGCACGUACAGAGAUCGCAAGCAAACAAAAAGACAUCGCUGGUCAACAGGAGGAACUAGCUAAAGUCGCCGGAGAAAUUUCCCGGCAAAACGAUGUCAUUCAAUCUUUGGAAAGUCAAGUGCUCGAAUUCCAACAAGCAAAAGACAACGAAAGCAACGCGCAAGCAGCGCUGGUGCGUGAGCUGGAGGACCAGAUCAAAGCUCUACAGCAAGAAAAGGCCGAUACGAAUGCCGCGGCCGCAUCAUCCCUUGCUGCCGCCGAGAAAGCCCAUGCAGCGGAAAUGGACACCAUCAAGCGACAAUUGAGCGACGCCCAAGAAGAAUUGAAGACAAUACAGGGUGCGCAAGACAGCGAAUUGCAAAAAGUGUUGAAGAAGGCUGAAGCUGACCUGGCCGCCAUCAACGACGAGCUUGAGACAAGUAGGGCUUCGCAUUCAAAUAGAGUUCAGGAUCUCGAAUCUGAAUUGCAAAAGGCCAGGGAAGAUGCGGAGGCGAAGAGAGCAGACCAUGAAGGGGCUCUCGCGGCGUUGCAACGUCAAGUAGACGCCGCGAAAACCGCCCUCGACGAGGUUACCGCGGAUCAUGAGAAGAUCUUGAAGGACCGCGAGUCCCAAGGCGAGUCUGCGCGAGAGGAAAUUGCUGCGGUGAAAUCUGCUCACGAGAAGGAACUUGAACUCGCUGUGUCCGCAUCGCAGACGAAACACGAGAAAGAAGUCGCGAAACUGAAAUCCGCUCACGCUGAGCAGAUUCAACAACUUGAGCAAAAGCUCCACGACUCGCAAAAGGAGGCAUCAACCCUCAAGCAAACCCAUUCAUCCCAGAUCAAGCAGCUGGAGGACCAGAUGAACACGUCUCUCAAGGAUUUGGAAACCAUUGAAGCUGGUCAUCUGCAGCAACUCGACCGUGUGAAGUCUGAGGCAUCGGAGUCUCAGCAGAAAGCUGUCGAAGAGGCCGAGAAGAUUCACAUUGAAAGAGUAAGGAAUCUCGAGCAACAACUCAAUACUGUGGAGGCCGAAUUGGCAGAGGCAAGAUCGAUCCAUUCGGAGCAGAUAGCAGAGAUGGAGCAGCAGAGAGCUAAUGAGCGGGAAGUGGCGCUGGACGCGUUGAAAGAGUCGCACGCCACUGCGGUCAAGGAUCUAGAGGACCAGCUCAAGUCCAUGCAAGAGUCCAUGGAAACAGUCCGAGCCGAGCACGCCAAACAGCUCAGUGAGUUGGAAGAGCAGAUCUCCGCCCGUCAUGCUGAGACAAUGGCCUCUCUCAAAGCGGAGCACGCACAGCAACUUCAGGAUAUGGAGAUCAAAGCGAAAUCUCAUCACGAGGAGGCGCUGGAUGAUUUGCGAUCGAGCCUCGCUGAAGAGAAGCGCCAGUUGGAGUCGCAGAUCAGAUCUCUCCAACAAGAACUCGAGGGUAACCGAUUCCAAACACAGAUGGUGAAAUCCAUUCUAGAAAAUACCGAAAAAGAGGCCAAGGAAAAGGAGGAGGAACUCAAUGAAGCUCUCGAGAAACUGCAAGCAGACAUGUCGACCUCGGUCCUCAAACUUGCACGAAUGAGUGAAAUUCAAAUGCAACACGAUCAAGUCUUGGAAACGAAGAAGGCCUUGGAGGCCAAAAUCGAGGAGGACAUGGAGGCCCUACGCGCAGAACAUGAAAAAGCCCUCGGCGAGCUAGAGAAGACGCUACGGGGACAACAUGAGCAAGACAUUGAGCGGAUUCGCGCAGAGCACACCAAGUCUAUUGAGUCGAGUCAAGCCGCGAAUUUGUCUCAGUUGGCAGAAGUCCAAAAACGGAUGAAGCAAGAACACGACGACCAAUUAGACGAGAUCAUGAAAACCUUGGAGAGUCAGUGGAAGAGCCAGGUUGACCAACUUGAGGAGCAAUGUGCGGCCGCUAGUGCCCGCCUUGCGGAAGCCGAGAAACAACACGAGGAAGCCUUGCGAAAGAUCAAGUCGGAGCACGAAGCCGCACUGACGCAACUGCAAGCGGAGCUACAGGGGGCGCGCAGUGCCGCGGAGUCGAGCCAGUCUUCAUCUGCGCAGCUGGACGAACUUCGAACUCAACUUGCAGAAGCACAAGAACAGGCCAGAGAAGUCGAGAAGAAGCACCACGAAGCCAUGGUUCUAGCACUCGAAGAACGCGAAACGGCUCUAGCAGCCAUGAAGCAAGAGCUUCUCAGUGCCCAGGAGGCAGCGGCGCAGCGACCUGAUCCAGCCCAGCUUGAGGCACUGAACGAGAAGUACCUGGAUGCUCAAAAGGAGCUUCAGGCGCUGCAAGAGAAGCACGACCUUGCGAUCCGCGAGGCCAAGGCGGAAUACGACACUCAACUCGAGAAAGUCCUUACUGAGCUGAAUGACGCCAAACUGGCGGACAAGGGAAGUUCGGAAUCCGAGGACGUCAACACUAUCAAAGCGAGUCUCGAUGAAGCAAAGAAGAUGAUCGCGUCCCUUGAGGCCGAGCUGGAAGGGGCAAUGCUUGAGAUCGACACCCAACGCAACCUUGCCGAAAGCGCCCAGAAGGAAGUGCAGCGAUUCAAGACUGAGGCCACUGUGCUUCAGAGCCCAAAGUCCGCCGGGAAGUCUGUGAAUCCCCUCUCACCUGCCUCUCCCAAACAAGGUCUGGAGUCUAGUCGAUGGGCUAGCCCUGCAGACGCAGCUUCUACAGACGCGGCAGCGAGCGCCAUGGCUAACGAGACCACACCUCUAGCAGGGCAAGAAGAAGUAUCAGCACUACCAUCAACAUCAAACGAGAAAAGCCGUAAUGUUGCAGGCCAACUGGCCGGCAUUCAGGAGCAAAUCAAGCAAUUGGACGAUCUGAGCGAGGACUUUCUCGAGGAGCAUCAGAAGAUGGCGGGGAUUUUGAGCCGUGUCGAUGACGAGACUCUGAGCGCGACGGCGACGACCGAUGUUGAAAAGGACGACGACGAGGAUUUAGAUUAG